AUGUCCAGUGGUGGCUGUAAAGAGCAGUUUUUGCAGCUUUUGAAUACUCUUGACAUAACAAAAGUUACUUCCAUGAAAAGUUUAACAUGCAUCUUCAAAUCCUUGGGGAAGUUAAUGUUGGAGAACAUUGCAGAGAAGUGCUUUCUAGAUUUGAAAACCAAUGUUUAUGUAUCUGGUGAAAACAGCUUACUGGGCAUUACUUGUGUCAGUUUAUGGUUAAAUUGUUCCUUGGCACUGUGUUUCAGAGAUUCGGGAGCAUUCAUGACGCCUUUGACAACAGGGCGUGUAACCAUACCAUCCAUUGUAACUUACUCAGCAAAAGUGGGCAUAGCAAUUGCCAUAAGAUACUCAUUGACAAGGAGAGCAUUUUCAGUCACACCAAAUGGACCUGAAGUUUUAUUGCUUGAUUACCCCAGCCAUCAAAGACGACUACUCCCUCUUCUUGCAAAGACAUAUGCCUUGAACUUUGCUCCUAACUUCUUGAAAAGGAUGUAUGUGAAGAGGAAACCUGAAAUGAUCAAAACCUUACAUGUUGUUUCAAGUGCCUUUUAA